AUGAGAGCAGUGUCCCUUUCCUUCCUUAUAAUAUCGGCGGCAUCCGCCUUUCAAUCUGGUAGCAUCCCAGCAGCCAGAUUGGAGACUAGACCUGGUAGAUUGUUGGAAACGAGACGGUACUCGACACAAGAAAAGUCUUCUGUUAGUACCAUUUCUCCCUUGGCCACAAAAUUGAACGAAAGUUCACCUCAGAACGACUUUGUGGAAUCCUCUCAACAAACCAGCUCUCUGAAUAGCGAUCUUCCAGAAUGGUUCGAGCCAUUGGCAUGGCGUGGGGUGAUCCUAGUUCUGUGUGCUCUGUGGGCUUCUAAUUUCUCGGCCACCAAAGUGGUCAUGGCGCAGCCUGGCGUUGACGCUUCCCUUUACACUGUGGCACGGUUUGGAGUGGCCGUUGCUGCACUGUUACCAGGAGCCGUUGCUACUCUCAAAAAGUCCAAGGUUGAUAUGGAAACUGUGAAGGAAUCAAUUGUUUGUGGAUCAUGGGUUGCCUUCGGCUAUUUGGGACAAACCCUGGGUCUACUGUCUACAACUGCCUCCAAAUCCUGUGUGAUUUGCAGUCUUAACUGUGUCUUUGUCGCCGUAGUAGCUGAAGUUUGGAGAGUUUCCAGAUCUGCAGUAGAAACAAAAUUUGAGUACUCGCGGUUGAUUCCUGCGUUGAUUGCUGUCAUAGGGGUUGCCAUCAUCGAAUUGAAAGGUGCUGGUGGCGACCCCAACAUUGGCGAUCUGCUCAGUUUUGCGCAACCAAUUGGAUUCGGAAUGGGGUACUUACAACUAGAAGAUAUCAUGGCGAAGAAUCCAAGCGCUGGGCUACCAGUUUCCACCAUCAAGCUGGGCGUCGUCUUUUUGGCUUCUCUUUUCAUGUAUGAAUUGACACCGCUAGUCAAUGGAGCCAGUGACUUCUCAUUGACUAUUCCAGAUAUGUCACCAAUUCUUGCAUCGCCCUUGGCCAUCGAGGGAAUUCUAUUCACUGGAUUGAUCACAACGGCUGCUGCUUUGUGGGUAGAGUCCAUUGCUUUUGCGAAAGUGUCUGCUACUGAUGCUUCCAUCAUCUUGACAACAGAGCCUCUGUUUGCUGCGUUGAUUGGCGCUCUCGCUUUGGGAGAAACAUUUGGUGCCUCUGAUUACGUUGGUGCAUCACUUAUCAUUGGAGCCUGUGCUGCCGCGAUUUUGAUGGGAAGUGAGGAAGAACAUUAG